CAGCUUUACACCAUCUUUUUGCACCAACACUGCCGGCGAUUCUCGUCAACAGCACCCGAGACCAUGAAGUGGAGCGUGGUUAUCGCAGCUUCAAGUCUGCUAAGCUCCGUGUGCCUUGCAGACGGGUGUUCUGGUAGCCUUCCAGCUGGUGUUGUGUCCAAAGAUGCAACACAUACCGUCAAUCUCAACUCCGGCCGCCUCUUCCACUUUCACCUACCGCCUGGAUACGAUGCCAAAUCGCCUACGCCUGUGUAUCUUUCCUUUCAUGGCGCCAGUAAAUGGCCCUUGGCACAAGAGGCCCUCAGCCGCCUCUCCGAUUCUGCUUUCAACCCAAACGGCAUCGCAGUGUAUCCAAAAGGCAUCGGCAACCACCUCUUGUCCCAUCCCGGAACCUCUGUAGACUCUCCCAACGACAUUGACUACACACACGACGUCCUCGAUUGGUUGGAGUCGAAUCUAUGUGUCGACACUAACCGGAUCUACGCCACUGGAAAGAGCAACGGUGGAGGGUUUGUCAAUCUCUUGGCCUGCGACCCAACCACCAAUGCUCGGAUCGCUGCUUUCGCAUCUGUUAGUGGCGCUUACUACGAGGACAAGCUUGCCCGCAAUUGUUCGCCCGGACGGCCAGUUCCCUUCUUGAGCUUUCAUGGCACUAGCGACACCACCAUCCCGUAUACAGGUAAGAAUGCGACAUACGUCUUCGAGCAUGAUGACGGCAAGCAUGAUUGGAAGAGCCCAGCCGACGUGGAACUGUUCCACACUACAUUCCCUAUUGAAGAUUGGCUUAAGGAUUGGGUUUCUCACAACGGCAUCUCAAAAUCCACUGUCCCAGACACCACAACCCUGUUUUCGGGCGGCCUCGUUGAGAAGAGGUCCUGGAGCCGGAAAGGAUUCAGCAACCUAAUUGAGCAUUACAAAGAGAGUAACCUAGGGCAUGCAUGGGCAAGCAAAGACCCGAAUAUUGAUUGCCCUACUAUUCUUAACCCGAAGUGCCCUAUGGGGCAUUACACCUUUGAUGCAACAAAUAUUAUUAUAAAGUUUUUUAGCAAGUGGACGCUAGGGGGCUCUGGAUAA